GUUUUGUCCGUAUUACCUGACAGCCAGACUCGCCAUGCCUGAAGAACAAGAACCAGGGGACCGAGUCACCCGGUAUGAGGAUCGUGAGUGGCAAAUCUGGUUCGGGUCCGGUCUAGUCUGGCUCUGCGCAGGAUUGGUUUUCUGUGCAGGCCUGACGGUCUGCGGAUUCAUCGACUGGUUCCCGUAUUGGGAUCGCAUCUGCGACACCAAUUACUGGACCGGACUGCUCCAUGGUUGGGCCUUCAUCGGAACUGCGUGCUUUGCGGCGUUUGUUGGUUGGUACAUUAUGCAGAGCGAUGAUUACAUUGGAGUUGUGGGGGAACAUGCCGUCCAAGCUGGAAACUUUGAACCUCUACCGGGCCCGUGA